GCGAUAAAAAAAACCAUAAAUUCGAUUUGAUAGUAACCGCUUUGUGGACGAAAUGUUACCUCCUAUGCAGAAGAAUAUUUCUUUAACGCUACUCCGUAGAGUUCUCUCUUAGUGGUGCUGUAAACAGAAUGGAUGAGGUUAGAAUAAAAGACCUAUUGAAAGGAAGUGAUGCUUCGUGCUAGAAAGAGACUAUUGAGUUAUACAAUGAUGGUUUAAGAAAUGGUUCCUCCAACAAGAAGUUUAUUCACCUCGCCACGUCGUACGAUGAAAAGAUUGACGCCAAUUCGCUCCUCUCUACUGCAUAUAGCUCAUAUUUGAGAUUGAAGAAGAAAAGGGGCUUCUUUGCUGAAACCUUGAUUAGGAUAUGGCAUGGCCUCCACAUAUAUUCAAAGACCAUUGACAUAUUUAUCCAGCUUGACCAUAAGAUAGCUUGUCUUGUUUGGGGAUCCGUCCGUAUUCUACUGCAGAUUACGGAGGAGGAAGAGAGGGCGUCAUGUAUCGCCGGCGAAGGAAUAAUGGAAGUCCUCCGUCACGUCGGAAGAUGGGAGCAGGGAACAAAGAUUUCCGACAUGCUAAGCUCAGCUCCGAUUCACAAGGCUAUAGUACAUCUAUACGUCAAAGUACUGGGAUUCUUGAUAUCAUCGACCCGAUGGUUGAAAAAGGCUGCGCCUAAAAGGUUUGGGGCCUCUAUUAUUGGCUUGAAAGCAGACAAGUUUGCGGAAAAAUUGAAGCAGAUGCGAGGCGCAUCUGAUGUCGUAGACAAGGAAAUUCAAGUUCGCGGUAUGCGGCGUUUCGCUCUUGAGCCGGCCGUUUACUAAUAUCUUAAUGGGUGAAGCUACACACUGGAGUAGGUAAUUCUAUACUACCUCUACUGUAAAAAUGAACUAGGAUAUUGAAAACAAUUUAAUAGGCUUCAAUUCUCUCGGCAACCUUACUUGCGAUCUACGAGAUCCAAUGAAUAAAAUUGACAAUAUGAUGGAUCAAAUCAGGCAACUUUUAAAUAAACAAUUAAUAAAUUAUUAAUUUUAAUUUAAAAGUUAAGAUAAAGAUUAAUGUUAUAAACUAAACUCUCUUAUAAGGGUAUUGUGAUGAACCUAUGUCUCGAAGAGGUAUAGUUGUUGCUGGAUUGGCUAAUCCGGG